AUAAUAACGAGAAAGGGUUGAGUGGAGCGGGAAUAGAAAUUCAAAAUUUGCGAUCUCUGAUUCUUCUCUGUUCUCUCUCCCUCAUCAUUCAACAACAUUCCCAUUUUCAAAUACCUCUCUCUGAGCUCCACAUUCUUCCGAUUCAACAAUGGGUUCUGUGGAGAACUACCACGUGAUAGAGCUAGUCGGCGAGGGCUCCUUCGGCAAAGUCUACAAAGGGAGACGCAAGCACACUGGACAGACUGUUGCGAUGAAGUUCAUAAUGAAGCACGGUAAAACUGAAAAGGAUAUUCACAAUUUGAGGCAAGAAAUCGAGAUAUUAAGGAAGUUGAAGCAUGAAAAUAUUAUUCAAAUGCUUGAUUCUUUUGAAAGCCCACAGGAGUUUUGUGUUGUCACAGAAUUCGCACAAGGUGAGCUAUUUGAGAUUCUUGAGGAUGACAAAUGCCUUCCAGAAGAACAAGUUCAAGCAAUUGCAAAGCAAUUGGUAAGAGCCUUACAUUAUUUGCAUUCCAACCGGAUCAUCCAUCGUGAUAUGAAGCCGCAAAAUAUCCUCAUUGGUUCCGAAUCUAUUGUCAAGCUUUGUGAUUUUGGGUUUGCACGUGCGAUGUCCACAAACACAGUUGUUUUGCGAUCUAUAAAAGGCACUCCAUUAUACAUGGCUCCAGAACUUGUCCGUGAACAACCUUACAACCACACAGUAGAUUUAUGGUCUCUUGGUGUUAUAUUGUAUGAGUUAUUUGUAGGCCAACCACCAUUUUACACAAACUCUGUUUAUGCUCUCAUCAGACACAUUGUUAAGGAUCCGGUUAAAUAUCCUGAUAGCAUGACUCCAAGCUUCAAAAGCUUUUUAAAGGGUUUGCUUAACAAGGCACCAGAAAGUCGACUAACUUGGCCUGCUCUUCUUGAACACCCAUUUGUUAAAGAAACUAACAACGAAAUUGAGGACAGGGAACUGCAUGAGAAAAGUGGUUCGCCAAAGGACAGUGAUACAACACAGAGGGUUGACAGAAAAACCAUUCAAACUUCAACAGGAAAAAACAAUCACAAAACAGGUUUGACAGAGCAUAUUUCUUCACCACUUCAGAAUGAAGCUCAGUUAAAUGGUCCUAACAUGAACAAAACCAAUUCUAAAGUGCUUGAUGAGUCUCCUGGAUUUUCAAACCAAAAUGAUGUAGCAGAGUCAGGCUGCCAAAGACUGGACAGACUUGAAAGUAACUCUCGCACUGUUAAAGGUGCAAAAGUAAUUGGUCAAGACAAUGAAGCAUAUGGAUUUGUUCUACAACCCCUGAAAAGAUGGUCGAAGGGAUCUCAAAAUAUUUGCAGUGAUCAGGAUCUUCCUGCUUCAAACCAGUCACUAAGAAUUCUCUCAAAUCUAGUUGAUGCCGGUGUCUUCAAUUCUACUGGACAAAUAGACGAACUCAUAAGUGAGCUUCUUUUGUUUACCAGAUCUGUUGUAGCAAUGAAGUCUGCUGAAGUUUUUGACCUGUUAACAAAGGGUUUCUCGAUCACCAAAGUUUUGCUAGAUAUUGGUGGGAAAUUCUGUUCAAACUCAUAUGCAAACCACUGGGUUGAAUUGGUUGAAAUCUAUUCUCAGGUUGUAACUUCUACAAAUGAUGCAUCUGGAAGAGUUCUGUAUGAGUCUAGUGCUUGCAUUACAGUCAUGUUGUCUAAAGUUGCUCAGGUGCUUAAAUCAUCUCAAAUUUCAAGCUCAGAGACACUGAACGAAACAGCUAACAGAAUUAUAGAGCAUGCGAAAACAUCUGGUUUAAUUGACCAUUUGUGCUCGUGCUUAGCGACUUCAGGUUCAGGUCUUAUUGCAGGUUCUUCCAAUAUGCUACGGGCUGCUUCUGAAGCAUGCAGGGCUGCGUGGUCUUUGAUUAAUGCUCUGGAUGUCCUUUUUAAGAGAAAUAGUGCCAUUUUGUUUCCCAUCAGUGCAUUGCAGAGGACGGAAAUUAUGGAUCACAGACAAGAUCCCUUGUUUGAUGAAGAAUCAACAAAAAUGGUUGAUGUAAUCACAAGAGCAUUCCUGAGAUCCAAAGCUGUUCAGGUUGCCAUGUACUAUUGUUUUCACCAAAGGAUUGAGUCUGCAAUGAUUUGUGGUCUUCAGCUUUUGUCAAGGUGCUGCCUCCAUAGUGGAAUUGUUCCAUCUGCCCUUUGUGGUCUGCCCAGUUCCCUUCCUUUAACUACUGUUGUAAGUGGUGGUGGUGAUGGAACUAUUGUUUCAGAGAUUUUCUCAGUUUUGUCAAUAUGCAGUUCCUCUCUCAACAAAGAUGCACCCAUGGUAGAACCAAGUAACACUAAAUGCAAAUUAGCAAAUCCUUCUGCUCUGAUUCGUCAUUCAUGUACCAUUCUCACAAUAAUUGCACAAUGUUUUAAGUCAGCUGGUAGAAAUUCUGCAAUUUUUAUGCUCACCACCUCACCAAAGAAGCAGCUUGCCCGACUCUCAGUUCUUGCUCAUCACGUUUCUUAUGAUGAUAAAACAAAAGCCUCUUUCCAACUUCAAAGUGCAUCAGCCAUGUUGGCUCUUGCAUCCAUUCUUUCCCUCGAAUCUGGAACUUCUGUUGAGUCUUCAAUAUCCGAAAUUGCUAUGCCCUUAAUUCCUCGAACUUCUACACUAAGUGACUAUCUUAAAUUUUCAUCAGGAAAUGAAAAUGAACUGGACCCUGGAAAUUUUAAUGGGAAGCUCCCAUAUUGGCUAGCGGUAAAAGAUGGGUGUGUUGGUCUUUUAGAUUCCAAACUCAAGUGGGGAGGACCAUUAGCUGUUCAGCAGUUGUGUGCAAGUGGUAUACCUCUUCUUCUUAUCGGCUUAUUAAGCAACGGGUUUUUAAAUGCUUCUCAAGAAAAAGAGGGCCUAAAUGAUAAAGUUGGAUUGUCUCCUAUCGGUGUUGUGUGCACAGUUUCAUCAUUAUGUCAUUGUCUCUCUGGCGGCGCUUUGAUUUUUCGUCAGAUUUUGAUUAGGAAUGAACAUGUUAAGCUCAUAUCCAACUUAAUAUGUGAUGUUCAUCUUAAGUUGAUAAAAUGCUGGACCGGACCUGGUGGAGGGAGAGCAGGAGUCCGAGAUCUAAUAAAUGCAGUCAUAGAUCUCUUAGCAUUUCCUUUUGUUGCUCUUCAAAAUGCACCAGGCUUGCCAUCGGCCACUGCUUCUGUUAGCAGUGGGUUUCUUCUUAAUGUUGGUUCCCCUGGUCAGAGAGUAUGCAUGGAAGACAAGGAUACAGUUAAGGCAAUAGAAGAAGACAUGGGAAAAUACAUUAAGAUCCUUAUGGAGGUUGGUGUGCCUAGUAUUAUCCUUCGAUGCCUAGAUCAUAUGGAAUUGAAUGAUAUGGGUAGGCCUGUGGCCUUUCUUGCUAAAAUGGUGUGCCAACGACCUUUAGCAGUCCAACUUGUGAGUAAAGGUCUUUUGGAUCCAAAUAGGAUGAAAAGGUUGUUUGACCUUUCGGGACCAAAAGAGGUUAUGCUGGAUGCUCUUAUGAUCAUUUCUGAUCUUGCUCGUAUGGACAAGGGAUUCUAUGAGUACAUUAAAGGUGCUUCUGUUUUGGAGUUCUUAAAAAGUUUUCUUUCACAUGAGGAUCCGAAUGUGCGUGCCAAAGCUUGCAGUGCUCUUGGAAACAUGUGCCGUCACAGUGCCUUUUUUUACAGUUCUCUUGCAAGAUAUCAAAUCGUUAGUAUCCUUAUUGACCGAUGCUCUGAUCCAGACAAACGAACAAGGAAGUUUGCUUGUUUUGCUAUUGGAAAUGCGGCUUACCACAAUGAUGUGCUGUAUGAAGAGCUGAGGAGGUCGAUUCCUCAUCUGGCAAAUUUGUUGCAAAAAGCAGAGGAGGACAAGACCAAGGCAAAUGCAGCAGGUGCACUUAGCAAUCUGGUUCGCAACUCUGACAGACUUUGUGAAGACAUUGUGUCUAAAGGAGCGGUUCAGUCUCUCCUGAAGUUAAUUUCCGAUUAUGCGGCAUCAGCACUAAACCCAAGCAGAAAUGAUUCAACAAACGAGUCUCCUUUAAAGAUUGCUCUCUUUUCCCUUGCAAAGAUGUGUGCCCAUCCGCUCUGCAGACAGUUCAUCCGUUCAUCACCUUUGUUCCCUGUAAUUGGAAGACUUCAGCAGUCUCCAGAAUCAUCCAUUGCCAAAUAUGUAUCAGUGAUCAUUAACAAAGUUGCUGAACCGUAAUGUUCGAAGUCUCGAUGAUGGUUGUACUGCAAUUUUGAUUGACUUCCACUGAAGUCAUUCUGUUCACCCUUGAAUAUUUGUAAGUAGACUGUAAAACUGCAUAUAUCCCUAGACUUAUAGUAUAAUAGCAACAUCGACCCUAUGGAGAAAGGACAGACACAAGAUAUACGUUCCACACCGCAAACUAAUAGCCAAUGCAAAAUUUCUUGCUUGACAACCUAAAGAAACAAAACAAAUGACUCCAUCUAACUGCUCCGACACCAAAGAGGAUCUGUCCAUUGAUUAAUUCUGCAGUCAAAGCUUCUUAUCUUUGUAUUUUUGCCAUAACCAUAAUGUCUUAAAAAUUUCCAUAAAAAAUAGUUAAAAACUUUUUGCCGAACUA